AUGAUCAGCUUAAUCACAGAACAGAUACAAGCAAAGAGAGGAACAGAGAUGGCAACAACAUGUGUACUUUCCAGUAUAAAGUGUUCGACUAAUAAUCAUCCCAGAAGUGUUAAAGUAGGAGAUCUUAAGACUGCACUCUCAAGUAUAGUUAAGCUAUCAAAACAAAAGCUGGAGAACUCAACCCUCAAAAUUGAAGCUGGUAAAGCUAUCAAGGCUGCUUCAUUGGCAAUGUUAAACACACUUGUAGAUUCCAUCUUUGAGUUUGUGGAUCAACCCAUGCUUCCAUCUGAGAAAAACUUCGCACCCAUUGGGGAGAUCGGGGAACUUGUAAAAGUUGAUUAUCAUGCAGGGAAACUUCCGGAAGAUUUUCCAGAGGGAAUUUACAUUAGAAAUGGUUCAAAUCCCUUAUUUGGAGGCUUAAAAUGUGCACUAUCGGUGUUCGGCAAAACAGACAGCAUCUGGGUUGAAGGCGAAGGGAUGCUUCAUGCUCUACAUUUCACUAAAGAUUCGGAAGGAAAUUGGAGCUUUUACUACAAAAAUAAAUAUGUGGAAACAGAAACAUAUAAGAUGGAAUCACAAAGAAAGAAACCUACUUUUCUUCCUGUAGCAGAAGGAGAUGCUCCAGCUGCUUUAGUUGGAUCAUUUUUCAACAUGUUAAGAUUUGGUCAUGUCUACAAAAUUAUAAGCAACACCAAUGUUUUUGAGCAUGGUGGAAAACACUAUUCUAUCUCCGAGGACUAUUUGCCACAUGAGAUUGAUCUUAUUAGCCUUGAAACUUAUAACGACUGGAACCCAAGUGGAAUUUGGUCUCGACCUUUCACAUCACACCCAAAGACAGCACCAGGAACCGGGGAACUGGUUAUAGUAGGGGUUGAGCCAUCAAAACCAUAUUGUGUUGUGGGUGUCAUUUCAGUCGAUGGAAAAGAACUUGUUCACAAAUUGAAUCUACAGCUAGACCAUUGCUCACUUUUUCAUGAAGUAGGUGUCACAAAGAGGUACAACAUACUGGUUGAUUCUAUGUUUACAUUGAGCCUAGAGAGGGUAAUGAAAGGAGGCCAGUUAUUUAAGUACGAGAGGGAGAGAGAUGCAAGGAUUGCAGUGAUUCCUCGGUAUGGUGAUGCAGAAUCAAUUAAGUGGUUUCAUAUAGAACCUUGUGUUACUUAUCACCUAAUGAACUGUUUUGAAGAUGGGGAUGAGGUUAUUGUGAGAGGAUGUAAAGCUAAUGCAUCCAUUCUUCCAGGACCUGAUUGGGGAGAAGAUAAAUUUGAGUGGUUCUCUAGAGGAUUUGAUUUUAAAUCUGUUGACAGAAAUAAUGGGCAUGAUCAUAAUACAGAAACAGGACAUGGAAUGUUGUUUACUAAUGUUAGGGAAUGGAGAUUGAACAUGAAGACCAUGGAUGUGAAAGAGAGAGAUGUAACUGGAACAGAAUACUCAAUGGACUUCCCAAUGAUCAAUGCAGAUUUUACAGGUCUUAACCAUAAAUAUGGAUACACCCAGGUUAUCGACUCUAUUGCAAGCUCUAAAUCAGGAAGAACUAAAUAUGGAGGACUAGCAAAAUUAUACUUUGAAGAAACAGAUGUUGAAGGAAAUGUAAAGAUGGAGUAUCAUUGGUUACCAAAAAAUAACUUUUGCACAGGAAGUGCUUUCGUGGCUAAGCUAAAGGCUGUAGAGGAAGAUGAUGGUUGGAUUGUUACAUUUGCUCAUGAUGAAGAAAAUGACAUUUCUUAUGUAAUAGUAGUUGAUGCUAAAAACCUUAGGCAUGAGCCUAUAGCAAAAAUAAACCUCCCUCAACGUGUGCCAUAUGGUCAUCAUGGAGUUUUCUUUUCAUCGACAUAAACUAGGACUGGAAUCUAUCAAAGACAUUGGAAGUUAUUCUAUGAACUUCUCUGAAGGUAGCGGAUGAUCAUGAUUAGUACGUACUAGCAAUAAAACAUUCAUCUUGUAUAUUCUUAUAAUAUAUUGAACUAUUUUUUUUUUAUCUUGUCUAAUAUCAAUUUUUAUUUGGUGGAAUUUGUGUAUUAUGCCC